GUGUCCGACGCGCCACUUUUUGAAAAUCAAAACAAAGAUAUUUGGUGACAAGAUUUGAUCAUAUUUUAUUUUGAUCAAAAUAUGGCACAAGUUUGUGUUGUGAAUUGUUGUUCCUGCGAAACAUUUCAGGGGCAGCAGGUAUGAUAGAAAAAGUUUUUUUUAAAUAAGCAAAAAUAUUAAUGUUUUCAUAAUUUCAACUGCCAGACUGCAUGACAUAUUUCUUUCAUCAGGUUAAAAAAGGGAAAAAAUGGAUGUGCAAAAUGUGUGGUGAGAAGCAAUCAUUCAGAAAGAUUUUUGCUCAAGGCAGUGGGAAGGAAUGUCGACAAGUGGUGCAGAAAUUGAACAUGAUCAAUGGUAAUCUAAAACGUCAAAUGAUGGAAGAAGGGUGUCUUCAGGAACGCAACAAUGAAACAACUGGAAUUGAUGUUCAAGGAAAUGAGGAAAAGUGUAGGAUGAACCAGACAAGUAAAUGGAACCAGUUUGUUUCGAGUGCUACAUCCAAUCCUACUGGUAGGUAUAUACAAAAUUUUUCCCAGCAGACUAGCAGGGGAAACUGUAACCAACACCCUGGUCUUGAAUUGAACACUGGGCUACUCUUAAAAUUCCUUAGAUAUGAAUUAAACAAAGUAAUUGAUUUUUUGUAAUUUCCAGAAAUUGAAGAGCUUCAUGAAAAUUCUACUGAAUUCACAACAGAACGGGAAACAUUUAAAAAGCACAGAGCCGAAAAACGAAAGAAACCAAUGAAAGAAAUAACAUCAGAUAAUAUGAAUGAAUAUCAGCAAAGAAAAACACAAAAAUUUAAUAAUAGCAAAAGAGCAUAUCCUCAUGGCAAGACUGGUGAAAGUCAUUUGGGCAAUUUAGGUCAUGAAGUAAAUGAUGCUUUAUCACCGAAAAAUGAAAGAAGCUGUACCAAUGAAAAAUUAUCACAAAGACAAACACAGACAUGUCCAUCAACAGAUGCAUCUGGUCCUGCAAAAUUUUCAAAAUGGUCAAAAUAUACUUUAUAGCGACUAACAUGUUUAACAGGCUCUGUGAUGCAAGCUAAAUGCAGUAUACCUAUCAAAUAGACUGAGUGUUUCAAUGUAUCUGUAGAUAUUCAGUGAAUAAAACUUUGUUUAUAUUA